UUUUUGGCCGUCUUUUUAUGUUUUUCAGACUCGAGUCAAUCUGAAAGUCCCAGCCAGCCAAGUGAAGCCGACAUUAAGGACCAGCCAGAAAAUGGACACUUGGGCUUCCAAGACAGUUUCGUCACAUCGGGGGUUUUCAGUGUGACCGAGCUAGUCAGAGUGUCUCAGACACCGAUAGCUGCAGGAACUGGCCCCAAUUUCUCUCUCUCCGAUUUGGAAAGUUCUUCCUACUACAGUAUGAGCCCAGGAGCAAUGAGGAGGUCUUUACCCAGUACAUCCUCGACCAGCUCAACAAAGCGCCUCAAAUCUGUGGAGGAUGAGAUGGACAGUCCUGGUGAAGAGCCCUUUUAUACAAGCCAAGGACGCUCCCCGGGCAGUGGCAGCCAGUCAAGUGGAUGGCAUGAAGUGGAGCCAGGGAUGCCGUCGCCAACCACACUAAAGAAGUCAGAGAAGUCUGGUUUCAGCAGCCCCUCACCGUCGCAGACCUCCUCCCUGGGAACGGCAUUCACACAGCAUCAUCGGCCUGUCAUUACAGGACCCAGAGCGAGUCCACACGCGACCCCAUCGACUCUCCAUUUCCCGACAUCUCCCAUUAUCCAGCAGCCUGGGCCCUACUUCUCACACCCGGCCAUCCGCUACCACCCUCAGGAGACGCUGAAAGAGUUUGUCCAACUUGUCUGUCCCGAUGCUGGUCAGCAGGCCGGACAGGUGGGGUUCCUCAAUCCCAAUGGUAGCAGCCAAGGCAAGGUGCACAACCCGUUCCUUCCCACCCCAAUGUUGCCACCGCCACCUCCGCCACCAAUGGCCAGGCCUGUGCCUCUGCCCGUGCCAGACACAAAGCCUCCGACCACAUCGACAGAAGGAGGUGCCACCUCGCCCACCUCACCGACUUACUCGACACCCAGCACCUCCCCCGCAAACCGAUUCGUCAGUGUUGGACCCCGGGAUCCAAGCUUUGUAAAUAUCCCUCAACAGACACAGUCCUGGUACCUGGGAUAAAAGUCACAGCAUCCCACCAUCCACCGGACAGACCACCGGACCCCUUCUCAACUCUGUAACACGGAAGCAGCAGCAGCAGCAGCAGCGCAGAUUCUUCAUUGUCCAGCGGAAGGGGAGACGAACAGAUUCAUGGGAAAAUGGCGAGCGUUGCGGUCCCACAGCCAAGGCCGCAACCUCUUUGGGAUUAGGAUUUUUUUUUUUUCAACCACCUUUAGGGACUGUUGUAUUUUCUCACAUGGUGCUUGAGAUGGUUUGGCUUUCGUCGCAUUGGAGUGUUUCGCUGGUAGUGUAAGUUGUAGGUGACGUUGGGUGGAGGGGAGGCCGGUCUGCUGUCGCGCUGCCUUCCCCGCCGCACCCCACUUUCCAUACGGAGCCCAGCUGUUCCACGGUCUUGACCUCCACUGACCCAUACAGAUGCGUCCGCCUUUCUGAGCACUCGCGAGGCCCGCCGCAACUAAAACUUUGGUAGUCGCUGAAAUCUGCAAUAUGUAACUUACAGGACAGACAAUAGGGCAUGUUCUUCUGUGACAUAUGGGGGGAAAUAUGCAGUGGGUUCCCUUCUGGGGGGGUGAUUUUUGUUCUACAGUCAGCAGUCUAAAUGCGUCCCGUGACCCAUAGAGGAUGGCGAGUCCACUCACGUUGCAGAGAGAUCCAGAAAUGACAAACUCCUACUAUUGUCGUCAUUUUUUUUUUAAAGUUUGAAAUGCUGCACUUACAUUAGAACAUUGUGGGGUUUUUUUUUCCAACAAUUUUCAACAAUUACACAAAUUCACGUGGAAAUGGGGAAGAUGGUCUGUUUUGACAGAAACUGACAGGAAUCAAUCGAAACAAUCGAAUUUUGAAUUGAGUUAAGUGCAAUUUCAUUGGAUAGCUAAAUAUCUUUGUAAGAUAGAGAUUGUUGAAAAUUCUAUUUUUGUUUUCCAAGUCCUUCUACCCCAGGACUCUAAAUUAUUGGGGUAAAAAAAAAACAGCCUUGCAAGAAAAAAGGGGAGCUAUUUUUGCUUUUUAUGUUUUUUAUUGUUAAACUUGUAUCCCUUUAAAAAACUGAAGGAAAAUUUUAAAAAACACAAAAAAAACAAAUCUAAUGGUGCUUUUACCACAAUAUGUUAACUACAUUAAAUGCUAAUUAAUUAUUUUCUUUUAUCGAAGCACAUAAAAAAUUAAGUCAUGAUAUCUGUUAAUUUUAUAAGCUAAAAGUCACUUAUAAUGGAUUAUGCCAAUUCUGAAAAAACAAAAAACAAAUUUGACAUGUUUCCGGCCACCUAGGGUUUAUCAGUUCUUGGCCACCUCAAGUCCCAGAGAGCAUCUGGAGGUCUGAGACACCUCGGUGUCCUACGUUUUCCUGGACAGACUACAGAGAGAAAUGACAAAGAUGAUGCUGGUGUCCAUUCUGAUCGAGGGCACUUGUUGGGAAAAAAAAAAAGGAAAAAAAUUCGUACCCCCAAAUGUCCUGUAUCUUAUGUACAAAAGUAAAACGAGACAAAAGACAAAAAAAUGCAGAAAAAAAACCGAGAACAAAAAAUGAGAACAAAAUAGAGUGCAAGUGAUUUUUUUCUACCAGACAGCGAAGCACCCAUUGCUUCCCCAGGCGACUUUCAGAAGGUUUCCUAGACUAUACAUAUAUAUACGUUCUGAUUGGCGCAUCUGGCUAAUCAGAGAAAAUCUGUGCAUGUUCUAGUGUUAGUAACUAAUUUUUAUAUAGUUAAUGUAGGAUAAAGUAGAGUACAUUAAGACACAAUAUUGUAACCCUAUUCCAGGCACUUACUUGCCUUUAAACUAUGUUUGUUCAGCCCUUGAGAAGGGUUUCUACUACUGUCCUAUACAAUCAAGUAUCUGAAAUUCUUGGGAAGUCACUUUUGCUCAUCUUUUCCCUGAAACAAUGUUGGUUGUUUGUUUUAUUUUUUUUUUUCCUCCUUGAUUUGCACGAAACAAGCGAAAAAAAAAAAUUCCAUAUCAAUGUGCCUUGCCCUGGAUAGCGAUUAUUUCUGAAAUUGUUGCACACGUUCCUCGAAUCGAAAGGGUUUUUUUCCCUGGUCAAGCAUUUGGAGACACUUUUUUUGUAAAUGUGACUUUGACGUCCGCCAUCGUCGGUUUCCACUUCUAGAAUCUAAGUAGCGAGUAGUCGUUCCGCAGAUAGGAGUAGUGUGUAUUGUCCGGUGUGGUCAGUGGCAGUGCUAUUCUGAGAUCUGUAGAUGCUAGAGAAAAAAAAAUCAGUAUUUUGGGAUGUUGCUGCAUUGGACAUUUUCUUUCGGAGUCUUCCUUUAUUUCGUUUUGUUUUCUUUCCCAGAUAUAUGAAAAUAUGCAAUACCUGCUUAUAUCAUGUAGAAACGCUUAGUGGUGAUUGAUUUUUCUUUUGAUUUUUUUUUUUUAUUUGACCAAAGUCGGUGCUGCAGUUGAUGCAGUAUGUUUUCGGUGUUUGUCUUUGUCCUUUUUUUUUUUUUUUUUUUUUUUUUUUUUUUUUUUUUGCGAAUUUUGAAUGCACGGAGGCAGGAAGGGCUCCCUUUAGAGUAGCAGUCAAACUGUGAAGCACUAAGCUGACCUUGCUUCAAGCAAUUUUUUGUUUUCUUUUUACAACUAUUCCUUUCACAAGCAAGCCUUAAAAAAAAAAUAGCGUUUUAAAAAAAAACACAACAAAAAAAAAACCAACCUUCCUUUUUCUUCAGAUCCCCACACCCCAUUUUUCUUAGCCGACCAGUUGAUCCACAUUCAAUAAAUAUAAUAAUGCCCAUUUUUAUAUGCACGUUUUUAAACUUCCGAGUUUGGAGAAAGAAAAAUAAAUAAUUGUUUACUGGUUCUCUCUAUUUAAGGAAAAAAAAAAUAAACCGUUUUGGACUUUGAUACGUGUCUGGUAAGUGGUUGAGUAGUUUGUUGGGCUCUGUUGUGUUGUGUGAGAGUCAGUGUACAGUAUCAUUUCCUGUAGCCAGCAUUCUUUGCCUUCCCCCUAAUAGCACUUAGCAGGGCAUUACUUUGCGAUGACAUUAUGUGCACUAUGAAAAAAAUAAAUAAAUUUGCAGCUUACAGUGCUUCACAGUGAAGGGAAAAAAAGAAAAAAAAAAGAAAAGAACAACAAAAAAGCCUAGAGAGACAUUUUGUCAGAACCUUUGCUCUAAGCCGAGGUGUUACCAGUGAAAUUGGUCUGUACAUAACGAUGAAAUUGCACCCUUUUUUUUUUUCAAUGAAGAAAAGAAAAAGAAUAAAAAAAAAAAAAAGACGAAUCCACCGAAGCAAUAGUUGGGGCAGGUCCAGUGAUUUGGGGCGAGCUGAUUGAGAGCGAGAGAGAGAACGCCACUGCUCCCCCUCAGAAGAUAAUGUAAUUUGUACGUUGUAUAGUUUUAUGGAUUUGUUUGACCCUAUUUUAUAAUGCAGGACUUUUGUAAUGUUGUUUAAAUGAGGAAAAAAAAAAUCUGUCCAAUUAGCCUAGUGGAAUUUCUGAUUGUUUGUUAUAAAGACAGCGUUCAUAGAAUUGCUUUUUCUCUUUAUUUUUUAAUUCGUUUUCAUUGCUGUUGGGUGCCCCCCACCCCUCCUUUUUGGGGAACUGGAUUUAAGUUGAAAACUUUCCCGUUCCUUUUUUUUUUUUUUUAUGUAUGUAUUUAAAUACAGUUAUUUUUCUUCUCUUGAUGAUAUAGCCUAUUCCUAUGCUUCAGAAGUGUAGGCUACUGGAGACCCAUUGUAAAUGGACAUGACAGGUAUGCCGUUUAUUUUAUUUUUUUUUUCUCUCGAAGAUAUUUUGUCACAUUGAGUUCGAUGAAGCCGGAGUUAGGGAACUCUGAACCCGUUUGCAGAAACAAACAAACAAACAAACAAACAAACAAAAAGGUUUUGAAGGCUUUGCAACAUUCGGGAGGCAGUCCAGGGUCCUAACUGACAGGGAUGUGGAGUCAGAAUGAAACACUUUCAAGGACCCUUUUUUUGUUCGCUGUACCCUCCUCCAGAAAUGACAGUUGGGUUGUGAUUGGACUGGAAAGGAGGGAGAGAGGAAGCAGGGUUCGAUUCCCCAGAAUCAAAUCAAAGCCAAGAAAAGAGACUGGAGGAAGACCUGAGAUUGGGCAGGGUGCAGGGAUUCAGAGCUGGCGGGAUCCAGGAGACAGGGAAUUGGGAAACGUGCGGGACCAAACGUCCCAUCCAACGCCAAAUCGGUGGUCCUAGAACACUCUGACAUUUAGAGAACGAAACGUCCCACCACUCACUUUCCUGUUUCUUUUCUUCCUCUGGGAUCUAAGCCAGAGUCACAAACACUAAAUGGCUCCAGCCUCUUUCAUCCCAAUCCCUCAUCCAAUCUCUAGGGUUUCCCCCCACCAUGAUCACUAGUCGCAGGCCCUUCUCCCUGCCUCUUGCCCACCAGCUCCCAACUCUCAGACGUAUCUCCUGUUGGAAUGAAGCGAGCAUUUGCUCGUCUCCUACGGCACACCCCAGCCAUGCAGUUAGUAACUUAUUGAUCUCUUCCAUCAGCUCCGAGUUAGAGUUUAGGCAGACAUAGGAUGCUUUCCUCAGUCUCAGUCUCUGUUGGAUCCCUUCCCUGAAGGUAGAAAGGAGAAAGGGACCCCCAAACACACACACACCCCAAAUUUAAAAGGUUCCUGGACUCACAGUAUCCGGUCAGCCCACAGGAAUAUACAAAAAUAAUCAUGCUCAUCCCUCUUUAAAAUUCUUCCUUCACUUUGUUUUGUUUUGUUUUCGUCAGUGUAUUUUGCAGCUUUGUAGUAACAGUGUUAUAAACCAUUUACUGUUCAAAUCUGGAUUUGUGGCCUAAAAUCAGUAAUCUCAAAAACCCGGUUUUUCCUUGCGAUGUUGUUCUGACCCACAAGGAAAGUCAGUGAAUAUUGUACUUUGCAUUGUGUCUCUGGAAAUAUCUUUUCGGUUGUUGUUUAGCGAUGGUGGUUUCUUUUGUUACUUCUCGACUUUUUUUUCUUCUCCUUCUUAAUUUGAGUUCUUUUUUUUUUUUUUAUUUUUAUUUUUUGGUCGAAGGCCUCCAUAGAACAAAUUGCAAACACAAGUGGCACAGUCGUGUGAGGAGAGCUUCCAUGGCACCUAAACAAAAAAACAAAACCCCCCACAAACCAGUCCGCUUUCCUUAGGAGAUCUGGUGGUGGAUGUCUCAGGAAGCAGGACCCCUGCCCGCCACGCAGGGCCGUCCCCAACGUCAGCUUCCCAAGGCCCAUUUUUGUCUUGAAGUCAGUGCAUGUACCUCCCGUUGGACAGUCCCGUGACUCUGCCUCCCUCCCUCCGGUCCAAGGCUGUGCUCCCGUCUCAUCGGCGUCUUGCAUCCGUCCGUCCCCUUUUUUCUUUUCGCCAGUUUAAAAAAAAAAAAAUAUAUAUAUAUAUAAAAGGCAGUGGGAUGAGAACGUCUUUGAUCUAUAGCAGGUAACAUUGAAGCUGUUCUGUGGCACUUAACUCGAGGGAAGACUUCGUUGCCACUUCUGAGAUCAAUCUAACGUUUAAUGCAAAUCCAUUACAUGGUGCUAUUACAGGCUGGCAAAAUGAUUUACGAAAAGAAAAAAAAAACGAAAAAAAAAAAAAAAACGUGACACCUUGGGCUCGUUUCAAUCUGCUUUCCCACAAUGUAAAUGCAUAGCAGUGAUUUUCUGCAUGAGAACUAUGCACUAACCUUACCCGAAGAAAAC